GGAAAAAUAAAAGAAACUAAAAAAAAUUCCCACUUUUAUUAGCACGCAAAAUUCCAGCAUAAUGAACCCCUAAAGGCCAAAAAUUCAAUUCCACCGACCCCUCAAAUACUCUAAUGGUCUUUCCUUCUUGGUUUCUCCUCUCUUUAAGAGGGCCGAAAGAUUUUUAAAGGAAAAAGCUUGCAUUUUCAGAAAAAAAGAAAGCUUUUUUGAGGAAUGACAUCGAUCUUUAGAAUUCUAUCCUUUGUUUUCCUCCUCCUUGUUGUUUCGUUAUCUCAGGUUGAUGCUAAGUUCGAUGUCUCAGGAAACAAUGAGUUGGUCGAAUCAAGGAGGUCAUUUGCUGAAUUGCCUUCACCACCCGGGCCUUUGGUCGCCAAUUCCUCUUUCAUAUUAGCCGCCGAGAGGACGAACAGGAAAGACCCUUUGAAUGGAUAUGCUCAUUACACUGGCGGCUGGAAUAUAAGUGAAACACACUACUGGGCUUCUGUGGGUUAUACUGCAUUUCCCGCCUUUAUCGUCGCCAUUGUAUGGUUUGCUGGCUUUGGCUUGGUCUUGCUUCUCAUAUGCUGCUGUUAUUGUUGCUGUAGACGAAGAUCUUACUCUUAUUCUCGAACUUGUUAUGCUCUCUCCCUUGUCUUCCUCAUUUUAUUCACUAUUGCUGCCAUUGCUGGAAGCUGUAUUUUGUACAUAGGUCAGGGAAAAUUCCACAACAGCACCUCAGGGACUUUGGAUUAUGUAGAGCACCAAGCAAAUUUCACAGCGGACAACCUCAAAAAUUUCUCAAGCAGUUUGGCUGCUGCUAAAAAUAUUGAUGUGAACCAUAUUUUCCUUCCAGCUGAUGUACAAGGCAGAAUUGAUUCCAUCCAAAAGAAGCUUAAUUCAUCAGCAAACGAACUGUCCACUCGGGCAUCAAGCAAUUUGGAUAAAAUUGAUGAUGUCUUGGAUACUGUGCAAUUGCUCUUGAUCAUAGUUGCUUCUGUGAUGCUUGUCUUAGCAUUUCUUGGAUUAGUGUUAUCCGUACUUGGACUACAAUUUCUAGUCUACAUAUUGGUUAUCAUUGGGUGGAUUCUUGUUGCGGGUACAUUCAUAUUGUGUGGAAUUGCUCUUCUUUUUCACAAUGUGGUGGCAGACACAUGUGUGGCAAUGGAUGAAUGGGUUGCUCACCCUCAAGCACAAACUGCCCUAGACGACAUCCUUCCCUGCGUUGACGCCGCAACUGUUGGUGAAUCUAUGAACCGAAGCAGAGAAGUCACAUUUCAGCUAGUAAAUAUUGUGAAUCAAGCUAUCCUCAAUAUUUCCAAUGGAGACUUUCCUCCUGUGGUUCCUCCGCCUGUCAACUAUAACCAGUCCGGUCCAAAGGUGCCUCCUCUUUGCAGCCCAUACUUACCAGACAUGAGUAAUCGCACAUGCCUUUCUGGAGAGGUCAACUUUGAUAAUGCAUCCCAGGUAUGGCAAGGAUUUGUUUGCCAAACUAAACUUGUCAACGGGAACGAGGUUUGUACCACACCAGGCAGGCUCACUCCAAGCUUAUACAACCAAUUUAUCGCUUCUAUCAAAGUGAGCAGUGGUCUCUACCACUACUCACCGUUCCUUGCUCAGCUGGCAGACUGCACUUUUGUUCGCGAAACAUUCGCACAUAUUACUACGGAAGAUUGCCCUGGGCUCACCCGAUACAGCAAAUGGGUUUACUCGGGCCUCGCGUUGGUUUCUGCUGCUGUGAUGCUUUCGCUUGUUUUCUGGGUCAUUUAUGCGAGGGAGAGGAGGCACCGGAAGUACAAUAAGCAGUUCAUUGUUCAGUCAGAGCAGCAGCCUUUGGGGGGACACGAUAAGUCAUGAGUGCGAUUGCUUCAACGGAGAUUCUGGAGAAGAUCCUUUGAUAUCUGUAAGUAGCAGUGAGGUAUACUGGGAAAUUAACGCUGUCGGGGGGAUGAAAGUAUUACACAAUGCAUUAUAUAUCGUGCUGAGUUGUUCUGUAUGAAGUUCAUGGGAUCUUCUUUGGAGUGAACUUGCACGUUUCUAUUGGCAAAACCGUGUGAGUUGAGCCGUGGGCGAUGGAAAAAGUAUCAUGUUUGCAUGCUUUAUAUCCGUUCUGAUAUGAAAAGAUGUUACUAGCUGUGGUUUUCUA